AUGGGCGUCAAGGGGUUGCAGCAGGAGGUUUUAUUUCGAGAGCCGGAAAACCGUCUGUUUUUUAUUGGAGACAGUGUUUCCUACAGGAAUUUUGGCUUCACAGUGAAUUUAUAUUUGCCGUUCUCUGAAAUCAAUGGGUAUGAAAAAAUAAUGCACGUACCGAAUCAUAUUAACAUGUCAGUUGUCAUUCGGGAAGAUGAGCUGGUGUCAAUGAGCAUAAAGAACUACACAAGGAUUGAUCCAGGUUUAGAUUUCUCGUCUGCUAACAUUGCGAAGGCGCGGAAAUCCACUGUACAUUAUGUCAAAAUUCGCUACAUCAGUCUAUCGGUGCCAGUGGUAACGGAUGCGAUUGAGCAGGCGGAGGGUGGUCUUGUUGUGUUGUAUUUUGGCACGUGGGACUUGAACUGGCAGAUCAAUGCUAGGGAGCGGGUUCCAUACUUGAACGGACCCAUCCGGCACCUUCCUACUGCCAUAAGCUACUGGACGAAGCACGUUCAGAAACUGAUGGAGGCUAUCCAGCGUGCAUUGGAGCGGUUACCAGUACACCGUCGUCCGUUGAUUAUGUUCUUCGAGCAGCUUCCGCUCAACUGUCUUGCUGGACGGUUUGUGGGACGAGCAAACCGAUUUAAGAGGUGUGAAGAAUUCACGGCCCCUGUUGUGGUGCCUUUGUAUCGUCGUGUACUUGCAGCGAUGGCGUGGCACCUAAAUAUUCCUGUGGUGCCCACGACGCACUUUUUCAAGAAUGAUUAUCAGUACUGUAAGCUUUCUGACGGUGUCCAUCUUGAUCCUCCAUGCAUGAUAACGGCACAGCAGCAUCUGUGGAAUGCAUACCUGCUUAUGCGGAGAAAACAUGUGCUGCAGGGGCUUCCGCCAGAAAUUCAGCAGCUGCCGGACGCCAUGAGCUUUGUGGACAAUGAGUCCUACACGAAAUGGAUGUCGCGCAUCGACAAGCUUGAGGAGGCCCACGUGGAGAGGGGCGAGGUAUUCCAGCUGAAUGGUGCUACCGCCGCUGUGACCGCACUGUGGAUGAUGAUGUUAGUGCUCUCGGUGGCAGCAUUUAUCUUCAGCCGGGGAGACCGGUGUGCCCUGAGGGGGCGCCAGAGCGCCUCUGAAGGAUGA